GCGAUCGUACGAGCUUUGUGUUGUCUUUUUAAGUGAGACAAUGUCUUUCGACGCUUAAAGCUCCUAGGCAUUUUGUGAAAGAUGAAAAGCAGUCCCACGCGUAAAUAUGAGAAUUUCUCUGACCACCAGACUAAAGAAACUGACAAGUAUUCACUAGACAGUCAGGAUACCGCCAGCCUGCAUUCGAAUACGGAAGAAGCCGGGCGGCGCGGCGCGGGGGACGUGAGCGCGGGCGCCGGCGAUAUGUGGAUCAGUGCCGUCGAAAGUUCUAUCCUAAGUUGGGAGGCGGUGGCUGAGCGUUUGCAAGUGGAUGUACGACGUGGCUUAUCAUGGCGGGAAGCGAACGAUCGUAUGAAUUUCGUCGGGCCCAACGAGUUCCAAGUGAAGGAACAGGAGCCGCUGUGGAAGAAGUACAUCGAGCAAUUUCAAAAUCCACUUAUUCUGCUAUUGCUUGGUUCCGCAGUCGUGAGUAUCUGUAUGCGACAGUUCGACGACGCGAUCUCAAUAACCGUGGCCAUCAUGAUUGUGGUGACAGUCGCCUUUGUGCAAGAAUAUCGUUCGGAGAAAUCGCUCGAAGAGCUGAAUAAACUGGUACCACCAUCAUGCAACUGUCUUCGAGAAGGCAGCGUUGAACAUUUCCUCGCUCGAAACCUCGUGCCUGGCGACAUAAUACACCUGAAUGUAGGCGAUAGGGUGCCCGCCGAUUUGAGACUUUACGAAUCUACAGAUCUCGCGAUAGAUGAGUCCUCCUUCACGGGGGAAACAGAACCGGCUAUUAAGAGCGUGUUGCCCAACAAAGCGACCGCGGGCAGAGUCAAUAAGGACAAUGUCGCGUUUAUGGGUACUCUAGUCAGGUGUGGAAAUGCAAAGGGUAUAGUGGUGAGCACCGGUGAGCGUUCAGAAUUCGGUGACAUGUUCCGAAUGAUGCAAGCUGAAGAGUCGCCCAAGACCCCUCUACAGCGAUCCAUGGAUACACUCGGGACUCAACUCUCUAUGUACUCGUUCUGCAUAAUCGGUUUCAUAAUGGUAGCUGGCUGGCUGCAAGGGAAGGCGAUCCAGGAGAUGUUCACCAUCGGCGUGAGUUUGGCUGUCGCUGCGAUACCAGAAGGCCUACCGAUCGUUGUAACGGUGACGUUAGCGUUGGGCGUGAUGCGAAUGGCGAAGAGAAAUGCCAUAGUUAAGAAGUUACCCACUGUUGAGACGCUCGGCUGCGUCAACGUUAUAUGCAGUGAUAAAACUGGCACUUUAACAAAGAACGAAAUGACGGUGACAACACUAUCGACAUCGGGCGGACAUAUCGCGGAGGUGACGGGGGCGGGGUACAGCGCUAGAGGGGAGAUACAGCUCAGAGCUUACAAGGGCAGGGACCUCGACGUGGCUAGGAUGGGGGUCACCAGCAUGCUUGAGGUUGGAGUUUUAUGCAACAAUGCGACUAUUCGCGACGACGUCCUGUACGGCCAACCGACAGAGGGCGCUCUACUGGCUUGCGCCAUGAAGAACAACAUGCACGACUUCAGGGAACAGUACACUAGACUCAAUGAAAUACCUUUCAGUUCAGAGACUAAGAUGAUGGUAGUGAAAUGUGCGCCAAAGUACCACGACGGAAGGGUAGUUGAGGAAGUGUUCGUGAAAGGUGCCAUAGAGAAGUUGCUGCCGCUCUGUACCAACUACAUCGACAGCGCGGGAAACUGCGUUCCCAUCACCAAGGAGAAGCAGGCUGACUUCCUGAACGAGGCCUACAACAUCGGGAGGAUGGGGCUGCGCAUAAUCGCGCUGUGCCGCGGGCGCAGCCUGGACGCGCUGACGUACACGGGCGUGUGCGGCGUGUGCGACCCGCCGCGCGAGUCGGCGCGCGACGCCAUCGCCGCGCUGCGCCGCGCGCAGGUGCACGUCAAGAUGGUCACCGGCGACGCGCGCCCCACCGCGCUCGCCGUCGCUCAAAUGGUUGGACUCGACGUGUUGCACUCACAAUCUCUCUCCGGGGACCAGAUGGACAGCAUGUCUGACGACGAACUGGACGCUAUCAUUGAUUCGGUUACAGUAUUCUACAGGGUGUCGCCGAAACAUAAACUGGCAAUUGUCAAGUCGCUACAAAGACUUGGCAAUAUAGUUGGAAUGACAGGUGACGGUGUUAACGACGGCGUGGCGUUAAAGAGAGCGGAUAUAGGAAUCGCUAUGGGUCGGAACGGUACUGACGUGUGCAAGGAAGCGGCUGACAUGAUCCUCGUUGACGAUGACUUCGCCACCAUCAUAUCCGCCAUCGAGGAGGGCAAGUGUAUCUUCUACAACAUCCGCAACUUCGUCCGCUUCCAGCUGUCGACGUCCAUCGCGGCCCUGUCGCUGGUGGCGCUCGCCACGCUGCUGGGCGUGCCCAACCCGCUCAACGCCAUGCAGAUACUGUGGAUCAAUAUCAUCAUGGAUGGCCCGCCGGCGCAGUCGCUGGGCGUGGAGCCCGUGGACCGCUCGGUGCUGCGGCGCCGGCCGCGCGACACGGCGCGCCGCAUCAUCUCGCGCGCGCUGCUGCUGUCCGUGCUGCUGUCCGCCGCCGUCAUCAUCGCCGGCACGCUCUGGGUCUUCAACCGCGAGAUGUCAGACAACAAGAUAACGCCACGUGAUACGACGAUGACCUUCACCUGUUUCGUCCUGUUCGACAUGUUCAACGCGUUGUCGUGUCGCUCGCAAACCAAAUCAAUCUUCCAAAUCGGUUUCUUUUCUAACAAAAUGUUUUUGAUAGCAGUGACUCUAAGUCUAGUGGGACAGAUGUUGGUAAUCUACUUCCCACCAUUACAGAGGGUGUUUCAAACUGAGGCGCUCACUGGACACGAUCUCAUAUUCCUAGUCUGCCUUACAUCGAGCGUUUUUAUCGUAAGCGAAGUCAAGAAACUCAUCGAGCGAACGUUGAAGAAGCGAUCGUUCGGAAAGUUCUCGACGAAGCCACACGACGCCCUGGAUUUUGUAUGACACGAGUCCGAGAGGAAGACUCAGUAGGCGCCCGCGGCCGCCCGAGUCGCUGCGGCGCGCCGGGGGGCGGCGCCCGUGUGGCGCCCGCGCGGCGCUGCGGGUGCGCGCACGUGGACGCCCACGGCGCGAGUGACGAAGUGCGAGUGUGUUUCUGUGACAAAACGGGGCGCGGUGUCCCCGAAGUGAGUGCGUGCGCGUUCAGCGCCGGCUGCCGCUGCGGCGCGCCCUUCGCGAUAUCCGACGGGAAAAUCAAUAUUCCUUUUUGACAUUAACCGGUCCGUGUCGCAGUAUUUUUGUUUAGUAGCAAAUUUUUUUUUUUAUAUACUUUUGUAGCGUAGUAGACUAAGCGGAAUCUUGGAAUGUAACUUUAUUUUUAUUAGUUACGCUUACUGAUAUUGAUGUUGUUAUAUUAAAGUUAGAUUACGAUUUUGUGAAUUAUUUAUUUCGAUUGUGUUAUUUCUUUUAGAUCUAAACUAGAUCUAACAUGGCUAGUUUCGUAGAGAUUAAAAACUUUGUGUCUAAUUUCAUUCAAAGAAUGUCAAACAUCUUAUAAGAUUCAGUUGUAUUGUCAAUUUAAUAAUUAGUACAGAUCUUAACGAAUAGUGUAAUUCAAUAUUUUUUCUAUAACUUUUACAACUUUACUUUUUUUAUUUUUUGUUUAUUUAUAAAGUACAAGAAUUUUUAAUUUCUUUUAUUUUUUAUUUCCAACCAUAGACACUUUUCAAUAGUAUUUGUUUAUUGUUUUUAUGUCUGUGUAUUUUAAUUUUAUUAGUUUUAGAAAUAUGUGGGAAUCUUAGUUGUAGGUAUUAAAGGUACUCGAUCAACUCGUUUCUUUCUACAUUAAGGGUCAUUUUUAUAAAUGUAAGAUUAAAUUCUUAUUAAAAUAAAAUAGCCUAAAAGGUUGGAAUUAAACUCCAUAAUUCAAUAACAUAUAAUCAAUGAUUGGAAUAAAUGUUUUUGUACCAUGGAAGUGGUAAAGAAUGAUAGAAUUUUAAUACUGUCUAUUGAAAUAAAAUAAAAUUGAAAUAAAUUAUUCUAGAAAACAUAGUGAUUAUAAAUAAAAUAUUUUGAAUAUAAAUUUAAAUUUAGAAUUCAAAUUUUCCUAAUUCAACGGAUGAUUAAUAUAAUCUAUUCUGCUGUCUCUAAGAAUAUAUCCGUGAUUUAUAUUAACGUCUGAGGUAAGCUACAUUUCCUUACCUAUUAUAUAUAGGAUUAUAAAGUAUUUCCAAAACUUAAAUUAAUUACCAUUGAUAUUGUGUAGCGCUAAGAUCUUGAUACACAAUUACACACAUUGAAACUACACAUGGUAAUUUUAGUUUCGAAGAACGAGCAUUGGUUAUCUUGAAUAGAAUUUUCUUCGUGAAUGUCAUAUAAUAAAAAAAAUAUUAUUAGGAACUUUUUAGUAGGAAAUUAUGUUUUCUAUGAUCUAGCCUAACUAGGGAUAAAUUAUAGUGAACUUAUAAAAAAGUAAAUGAGAUUUCUUGAUACUUGAUGUUGAAAGAAUGUAAGACGGCAGUUUAGGUUUUAUACUGGCAUUGUAAGGUUGUAUCAAGUUGUGCGGGCUGUGAUAGUAAUGUCUUUUGUUUUCAAAUAGUUGUGGCGUUUUAUUUUGAUGAAACAAAACUGAUUUGAAUUUUCAUAUUAUAUUUCCGUCUCGUUAGUGAUUUUAGAGAUUACAUUAAGAUUAAUUGUUGUAUUUCUUGAGUUUGUGUGAAUAUAAAUUUAGAUCUAUAAUAUGCAGUAUUGUCCUUGCUUCUGGUAUAAUUAAAAAAAAAAAAUGUAGUCAUUUUUUUUGCAAUUUCUAUAUAUUAUGACGUCAUAAUAUCAUACAAUAAUUAUCUCGUAAACAUCAACAUCAGUGCUCUUAUUUAUCUUGAAAAAAAGUAGAAUCUUUGGUUUUGGUGGUGAUUUAAAUGUAUUGUAGGAUAUGCUUAAUUUACCGUUCUAAGUCAUAACGGUAUUGUAUACCAUUAGAUAAGUAAUCGAUAUUCAGAAAAUAAAACUCCAUUCCACGAGUCGAACUAAUGGGGACUAAAAUACUCGCAUCUCAUUGGUCGAUGCGUGUAAGACAAUCCUAAAAAAUGAUUUGGCCAAUGAAGGUCACGCGCAUUGACCAAUGAGCGGAAGAGAGAUUUCGGAUCGUUUCUUGCAAUGGACAUUGAACAUAUUUGUUCUUGAAAUUAAUGUACAUAAAAUAUUCUAAAAGCUUUUAUUGUUUUAAUGUUUUAAAUGUAUUAGAUACUUUAGUAUUUGCGAGGAAACUGAAGACGAUAAUGCAUAAUCAAUUUUCCAACUAGACAUGAAAAGUCAAGUUGAAAAAAUACUAGCCACUAAUAUCUUCAGAUUGAGAAAUUAAUUGUACUAAAUAUCAAUUGUUUAUAUUAUAUUGUGAUUAUCCAUUACAAUUUGUAAAUAUCUUACCGCUAGCAAAUCUUCCAAUUCCUCUAUUCAAAAGAAGCUUUCCUUCUUACACUUACACUAUGCACCUUAUUUGCGGGUGUACAGUGUAUUAAAACUAAUAUGUAUUCGAAUAUCCCAAUAGAAAUAUUUUCAUUAAAUCUUAUAAAUAUUACUUACUUUAUUUAUAUUUAAUAUAUAUCUAUAUGUAAAAAUAUAAUAUUUAUAUAUGUUACAAUAAUAAAUAUUGUAUAGUGGUGAAAUUACUUUUGAUUGGUAGCAUGGUUAAAAGUACUUUUGAUGGAGUUGUAGAAUUGAUGAUCUAUGGUUUUGCACUUUGUUGCUGAAUAAUGAAUUUAUGCUUUGAGUGAUUCAAUGCCAUGCGAUGAGGAAGGGUGUGUGGGAGUCUUGGCUGAGUGCAAUACUACCUAUACGCAAUGUGUUACGCCACGCUUUUGCAUGCAAUAAUCCUUACUCAUUGCAAGGUAAUCACAAAUAAAAACCUAUGUCUUCACUUAACUGUACUUUUAAUAAAUUUAAUAGUAAAUUAUAGUUUUGAUUAGGAAAGACUUUUGACUGUGACAUAGUCAAUGUAUAUAAUCUGUAUUCAAUAUGGAAGCAUUAAACCUGCUUAUUAACUUUCAGAAAUUAAGCAUCAGUUCUGAAAGAAACACUUUAUGUCUGAGAUGUGAUGAUGAUAAUUGUGAUGAAUUCAUAUCGUAGAAAUAAUGAAUCACACAUCAAUGGUAUAGAACAUAUAUUUAAUUAUAAAGGUGCACCCUUGUCCUCUUUGUAAACAUGUGUUAUGUCAACAGUACACAGUACCGUAGGCACAACUAUAUGUGUAUGUAUAAUGAUUUCUUAUUUAAGAAAUGUUUAGAAUUAAUAAAUGAAUAAAUACCCUCAAUUAAGUAUUAACCACUUCAAAACAUUCCAUAGAGUUGUUAUUACAUUUUUGUUUCAUUUCGUAAUUCAAUCUUAAAAAUAUUUUACAAUGAUUGACGAGGAAACAUCUUUGUUAAAGAAAUUUAUAUUUGAUUAUUUAAAAACGUCUAAAUUAUUUCAAAACAUGAUAAAAGUCUCAUAUUAAGUUUGGGCUGAUUAAAUUCGGCAUUCGCAUUAUUUGACAUACGAGCACGCCAAAAAUAAAAAAAAUAAUAAUAAAAAAGUUUUAAACAGUGAAACAGUUUUUAUAUAGUCUGUAAGUGUGUAAUGUAAUUAUUUAUUAUAUCCACUUCAAAAUAACUAAAACUCUUCAUUGUUCAAGCCUUUUUCGCAUAUAAAAAAUAAGUUUAAAAAUUAUAGCCUUUACUAAAAUACUUUCUCAACAAUAACUUCUGAGAAUUCUUAAGUAUAAUAUAUUUAAAUACAUAUGGUACUAUUGGUAAGAUGUAGCGUUUGACUCUCUAUACAUUAAUAUAUUAUCUGUAAUGUAGAUUAUAUUUAACAAAAAAAAAAUGUUCGUGAAUUUUACACACGUACUUGGUACGUCUUUUAUAAUAUUUACUAAUCAUGUAAUAAUUUCCAUCAAUUAAUCUUGAGUAUUAACAAAACGGGUAUAUUUUUGUGUAUGUAUAUAUGUUUUCGUUCUCGGUGCUUGGGGUUUCUCUGACUUGUCUAACAGGAAGUACUGAGAAGCGCUCGCUGUAAAAUAAAGUGUAAUAAUCUAAAUAUAAUAUUCUUAAUAUUGUAUUUUAAAUCGUAAAUUAAUCUAUCGUAAUCGUAUAAUUUGUAAAUCUAAUUUAAAUUUUAUUUAAAUUUGCUCGUACCAAAUUUUUUUACCG